AUGGCUACUGCCUCUUCUUCGUCAUCAUCAUCAUCUACGAGGAGUGAGCCCAGCCGUCUCCAGCGGAAGAAACCGGCGUCGCUACAGAUAAAUCGGCCUUGCUGGAACGUCGCGAUUCCUCUUCUCUCUCCUCUGAUUACUUCACCUACUGCGAUUGAUAAUCAUCAUCUUCGGACGGCUGAAAUCAAAUCUAGAGAGGAACAGCACCGAGUAGUAGAGUCCGAGAAGAAAGCUUCAGCUUCAGCAGUUGUGUUCAAAAAAUGGCAGCAUCCGGCGGCUCCUCUUUGUUACGAGCCUGCCCCUUUUGCCCCCUCUUUCUUCGUGCCUGUUUAG